UAAAUCAGCCGCAGAGAAAGACGCCAUUUUGUUGUGGAAACGGUAGAUUCUAUACUUUUAGACAAUUUUACCUCAAUUUUUACCAUAAUUUCGUGUACUCUUUUGAAGUUUUAACCUACAAAGAUGCCAGACAAGUCUAAAGAAACCGAAGACGCUGUCCAAAGAGCUAAAUUAGCCGAACAAGCCGAAAGGUAUGACGACAUGGCCAAAUUCAUGAAGAAAGUCGCGGUUGCAGAGGGACAACUGUCAAACGAUCGAAGAAAUUUGUUAUCUGUAGCUUACAAGAAUGUAGUAGGAGCUCGAAGAUCAUCUUGGAGAGUCAUUUGCAUGAUUGAAAACAAAGCUGAGACGGACAGCCGUAAAAAAAUUGCAACAGAAUUCCGCAAAACCGUCGAGGAAGAGUUGGACAAAACCUGCAAAGAAGUUCUUGAUUUAUUAGACAAGGAACUGAUUCCUAAUCUAGAUGGAACUGAUUUUGAUGCAAAGGUAUUUUAUUUGAAAAUGAAGGGAGAUUACUACCGAUACAUUGCCGAAUUUGCUGAAGAGGAAUCUAAGAAAGAGGCAUCUGAGAAGGCAAAGGAUGCCUACAAUGACGCCUACCAAUGCGCCAAGGAAAAUAUGGUUCCUACGCACCCUAAUCGCCUUGGAUUAGCUCUCAACUACUCCGUGUUUUACUAUGAAAUUCUCCAAUCUCCUGAUAAGGCGUGUUCAUUGGCUAAGGAGGCGUUUGAUUCUGCCAUCGCUGAACUCGAUAACCUCAAUAAGGAUGAUUACAAAGACAGUACAUUGAUUAUGCAGCUUCUCCGUGAUAACCUUACGCUCUGGACCUCGGACGCCGAUGGUGGAUAUAAUGAUCAAGAGCCAGAACAAGAUUAAUUCCCAGCUUAUUUUAAAUUGACAUUUGAUGCUAAAACAUUGAGAAGUUUUUAACCGAGCUUUCAGAUGCUCCUGUCCAUUUCAACGUACAUUUAUAGGGUACCUCAAGUGUGGUCUAGUUGAUUCGUCAAUCAUUGUGCUUUUGGUACAAAGAAUUCUGGAAACCUAUUUAAUUUUUAUUGUAGACUGCUUUUUUGUCCUUGUGUAUCCGUAGUUUUUAUGUGUUCUUUCUUAAGAUUGAGAUCUCAGCCUUGCCUUUUUGCUGUGUAAUUUCCAUGUUUAGGCUUCGUCUAGAAGAGAUUCCUACACGAUUAUCUUUUAAUGGCUAAUUUUGUCAGUUGACAUCUAUUUGACACCCCUCAAUUAUUUAUUAGACUCUUCUGUACAUUCAUUCUCCAAUCAUUUGUCCUGUUUGACGACAAUGUGCGAUACAGUUUAUUACCAAAAUAAGGGUUGAAUUUUUACAUGAAUAAAUCCCAUGUUGUGAUUUUCUAAAGGAUUGCUUGAUGCAGUUUUUAGGACUAAUAAGCAUGUUUGUCAUCCAAAAAAUCAUUGCGGAUGUAAUACUCCCAAAAUUUGUUAAGUAGCUUUGAUAAUGUGGAAUCUAACACUCAAAUUUCUUUUAUUUAUAUAUUUCAAUAAUGUUGGAUGUAAAACUCCAUUCUAUUAUGAUUGAAAAAGGAUGUAAAACUCUCCAAACUGUUCUAGACAGUAAGAUAUAAAACCGAAUUGUUAAAUAACAAACAUAAAAGGCUAUUAUUCAAACUUGCGAAUAUAAAUUUGAAUUUUAAAGGUUAUCGUAUACCAUAUAUUGCAGCUUAAGUCAUUACUAUCUGAAUAUUCAAUCUCCCUGAAUGUUAAUAUUAAACUUUUCUCAAUCAAUAUCUACAGGCAUUUAUUGUUUUGUUUUGCAACUUUGCUGAUUUUUUUGUGUGAUAUAUUUUUUUCGUUUUUUAAUCUCUGAUCUUUUUGUCAAACUUUUUAAUGUCUUGAUGACAAACACUCACGAUGUAUGAUUAAAAUUCUGUAGAUCAGUCAUACUUUGUCAAGGAAAAUUUGAUAUCGAAAUUAAGAUUUUGUAAGCUAAACAGAAAGAGGAAAGUUAGAUAAAUCCAAGCCAUAUUGCAAUAGUUAAGUCACAUGACAUAAAGCCAACAAAAUCAAUAAGGUAGACAUGAGUCUUAUAGGUACCCUGAAUCGGAAAAAUAAAAAAGAAAUGAUAACACAGGUAUCUGUGAAAGAAUAAGCACACUCUGCCUAUGAAAGAAUAUUUAGAACUGUUAGUUCUUUCAGAUCAAGCUCUUUUAUUAAUUAGAUAAAAGUAAUUAGUGACUGGUUCAUUAGUCUAAAAUCUUCCUAUUAAUUAUGUCACUGAUUAUUGUUGGCAUAAGUUGGUGAAGUUAUAUAACAGGCUUAAAGAACAUCUGCUCUGAUAUUCUUUAAUUUGGGUGUGGACUAUAGUUAAGUCAGAUAGAGUGUGUCAAUCUUAUGACAUUAUUGCUUGAGUAAUUCAUAAAAAUGGUCAUGAAUUUGGGUGGGGACUAUAGCUCAGUCAGCUAGCGUGUUUGAAUCUUGUGACAUCAUUGCUUGAGUAUGUCAAAAAAAAUGGUCAUGAACUUUUAUAUUUGUUAGCUUGUGGUCAGAAUUGCAAUUAAGAAUUAAAAUGGUUAUGUCCAAUAAAAACUUUAUGGCUAUUGGGUCAAAUGAGAUCAUUUUUCUAUGCCAAUGCCAAAUAUGCAGGGUCAACUUUUUAAGAUAAUUGUUAAUUUUUUAUAUAUCUUUAUCGUUUUUUUUGUCUAACUUUGCUAUCCAUUGUUUUAUUUUGUGUUGAAUUUAUGUACAUGUAAUGUAUUUCUAGCCUUCAUCCAUUUUGUAGAGAAUGAUAUAGCUUGCACAGUACGCUGAUUUUUGAAAUGUUUUCACCUGAGUUAACACAACUCCUCAAGCCAUUUACAUACCAGAUAUAUUAAAAUACAUGUUAGGGCAUGUCUAGGGUUGGCUCAUUUCUUUAUACAUUUGGAUCUACUUGGUAAAUGUUACUACAGACUAAAUCCAGAUUUUAAAUACAGUAAUCUGAUUGGAUAAAAUAACUAAAUUUUUAAUCAAUUUUAGUGAUUGACCAAUCAGAUAACUUGAUCACUAACAUCAUCACAAGUUAAGUUUACAAGAAUAAGUCCCUAGAUCUCUGUUAGUUAUUAUUGACAGAGGUCAGUCUGAAACUUACUGACUCUAUAUCUGAUCUCUAAUAGUUAUCCAGAAACAAUCAUUUAACAGAGACUGGGCAAGCAUCAGAAAGUUGGCUCAUAGUCUUCUUGUUAAAUUUGAUGGCUGAAUUUGGUGUUUUGCAAAUUUUAAAGCUUCCAUUACCACUAUUAGAAAUUUUGUCAUCUUUAGUUAUGUUUGUGUCCAUCUUCCCAAAUUAAAACUGCAAUAUUGAGCUAACCGCAGAAUGUCACUUUACAUUUUAGGAGAGAAAGGGGCAUCCUUUUAUUCGUUUAUUUUAUACACACCUUUCAACUUAUAUUCCUUGUUUUUUUUAUCCCUAUCUCAUAUUUUUAGGUCUGUGUUUUUAUUGCAUCUUGUGUAGAUAUAUAUUAUGUACACACAUUACUAGGUAUAAUCAAUUAAAUGUUAUAGACUACC